AUGGGCAACAUUUUCUCUGCUCAAAGUUCAUCACCAUCUCUACCGAUUGACUCUACCUUCGAUCUUCCUUCUCCAUUACCAUCUUGGCCUUCAGGAGGAGGAUUUGCGAAAGGAAGAAUAGAUUUGGGAGGUCUUGAAGUUUCCCAAGUAACAACAUUUAAAAAAGUGUGGACUGUAUACGAAGGAGGACAAGAUAAUCUUGGAGCUACUUUCUUUGAGCCGUCUUCAGUACCAGAAGGCUUUUCGGUUCUAGGAUUCUACGCUCAACCCAAUAACCGCAAGCUUUUUGGAUGGACACUUGUCGGGAAAGACCUCUCCGGCGACUCUUUAAAACCACCGGUGGAUUAUCUUCUUCUUUGGAGCGGCAAAUCCACAAAGGUAGCAAACAAUGGAGGCGAAACUGGAUACUUUUGGCAGCCUGUACCUCCUGAAGGUUACAAUGCAACGGGUCUUAUCGUGACAACCUCGGCCGAGAAACCUCCUCUAGACAAGAUCCGUUGUGUCCGUUCCGAUCUGACCGAUCAAUCCGAGUCUGAUGCUCAGAUAUGGGAAACUAAUGGGUUUAGCGUUUCGAGUUCUAAACCCCUUAACAGAGGAACACAAGCUUCUGGAGUCAGCGUUGGGACGUUCUUAGCAAACUCUUCAAAUCCAACCCUAGCUUGUUUGAAAAACAACAAAUUCGACUCUUCUUGUAUGCCAAGCAAGCUCCAGAUCGAUGCUUUGUUUCAAGCUUACGCUCCUUGGAUCUAUUUCCACAAAGAUGAGAAGUAUCUACCGUCUUCUGUAGAUUGGUUCUUCAGCAACGGUGCCUUGCUUUACAAGAAAGGCGAAGAAUCAAACCCGGUUCCAAUCGAACCAAACGGUGCAAACCUUCCCCAAGGAGAAUCCAACGACGGUCUUUACUGGUUAGACCUACCGGUUGCUUCUGACGCAAGAGAACGAGUCAAAGGCGGAAAUUUACAGAGCAUGGAAGUGUAUUUGCACGUUAAACCCGUUUUCGGCGGAACCUUCACAGACAUAGCCGUGUGGAUGUUUUAUCCCUUCAAUGGCCCGUCACGAGCCAAGCUCAAGCUCGGCACAAUCCCGUUGGGGAAAAUCGGCGAACACAUUGGAGAUUGGGAACAUUUCACUCUCCGUAUAAGUAACUUCAGCGGCAAGCUACAUAGGAUGUACCUGUCGCAGCACAGCCGAGGAAGCUGGAUCGAUCUUUCGGAGAUCGAGUUUCAAGGCGGUGGUAACAAACCUGUGGCUUACUCUUCUUUGAACGGACACGCAAUGUACUCGAAACCGGGACUUGUGUUGCAAGGCAAAGGCAAUGUAGGGAUUAGGAACGAUACCGGAAAGAGUGAAAAAGUGAUUGAUACGGCGGUUAGGUUUAAAGUUGUUUCGGCUGAGUAUUUGGGAGGAGGAGAAGUUGAGGAGCCGGCUUGGUUGAAUUAUCUGAGACAUUGGGGACCAAAGAUUGAUUAUGGUCAUGAAAAUGAGAUAAGAGGUGUGGAGAAGAUGAUGGUUGGAGAGAGACUUAAGACUGUGUUUAGGAGUGCGAUUAAAGGAUUGCCUAAUGAGGUAUUUGGAGAGGAAGGACCAACUGGUCCGAAGCUGAAGCGGAAUUGGUUAGGUGAUGAAGAUUGA